AUGUCGCGCGCGAGCGGCCCGGACCUCAAGAAGUACAUGGACAAGGCGCUGACCAUAAAAAUGAACGGGAACCGGCGCGUGAGCGGCGUCCUGCGCGGCUACGACCAGUUCCUCAACCUCGUCCUCGAGGACGCGACGGAGGACGGCAGCGACGGCGCCAAGACGCCCAUCGGCAUGGUCGUGCUCCGGGGCAACGGCAUCAUCCAGCUGCAGUCGCUCGAGCGGCUCUCGUGA